AUGUCUUCCGUGAUUCAUGCCACAAGCGGUGCCGCCGCCGGCAUCUUUGCGAUGACCCUGACCUACCCUCUCAUCUUCUUGUCAACACGUGCAGCUGUCCAAGUUAGGGGCAAGGACAAAUCCACAUACGAAGCGAUCAUUGAUAUUAUAAAGAGUGAAGGUGUGGAGGGCAUGUACAGUGGUCUAACAGUUCAUUGCUUGGGAUUGGCAUCACAAAUGGGUCGUCGCGCACACCAUAAUUCUUAUUCCUGGAGUCUUACUCGCAAUGUCCUCAGGGUUUAUUACUAUUUUUACGAGAAAUCUCGGGAGAUUAUUCUCAAGGGUCGUGAAAAGGGUGUGUCACAGGCUCUGACAACACCCGAGUCAAUGCUUGCUGGCCUCAUUGCGGGAUCAGCAACUACGGCCAUUUCCAACCCUAUUUGGGUUGUACAGACGACUCAGGCCGUCCAAACGGUCCAGGAAGAGUCAUCGCUCCCAACUUCACCGGGGAUUGGUGCUUUCUGGCGGGGGAUCGGACCAGCUCUGGUCCUGGUAAUUAAUCCAAUUAUCCAGUACACGAUAUUUGAGCAACUUAAAAACUGGCUCAUUGCUAGGAGGACCGCUAGGCUGAGAGAGCAGACAGGGUUGUCAAGAGUUGUGGCUGUGCUCAGUGACCUUGAUUUCUUCUUCCUUGGGGCAGUGUCCAAACUAGGCACGUCAAGUUCAGAAUCAUGUUGGAUCGUCUUUUCUGACUCUUCGACAUUGUCAUCAAAUCACGAUUACAGCAGGUCACGACUCUGCUCUUCGUACAAGUCCUCGAUAGAUGGCAUCCUCACCGUCAUCAAAGAGGAAGGCGUCUCUGGCCUGUACAAAGGCGUGGGAGUAAGCUCGUGCAGUCGUUUAACCGCUGCAAUUCUCUUCGCAGGCCAAAAGAGGAUAUAUGAAACCACUAGAGCUGCAUUGACCUCCGUACCUGUGAAGCGGUGA